GAACACCAACAAAUCCUAAGUAAUUUCCAAGUGAUUUCCAAACGAAGAGCCCCUCCGAAAAAACGAAACCACCAACUAAAUCAUUCAUGGCCUGUUUUCCGAAGGAUCGGACAUUGGUCGGUGCGAUGAUGAACUACUGCGAGAGCAUGAGGAUCAGAAACCCCGUUAUUCUUACUGGGUGUGCCGACUACCUGGGAAAAAAUGCCAGGAGUCUUCCGGCAGGAACGAUCGUGUCGAUUUUCGUGCCAUUCGGUAGCCUCUACUUCCGGCCUCCAGAGCUGAUAUCCAACCGAUUUUGGAAGUCUUUGGAGGACGCGGUGGCCAAUAAGUUUCUUCAACUGAAGCCGAACGAUGCGUUGGACGUUUUGCUGGCCUUUGUCCACCUGGAACGAUGCCCGGUUAAGUUCGUCGAAAAGGUCUUCAGGGCCGGUUUUCUCGAUCGGCUUUUCCACAGACGGAACCUUCGCUCGCUCGACGCUUCCAAGACGAAACUGAGGCUCUUCGACGCCGCCAUGACACUCGAAUGCCCGCAAUACGCGGGCCCGAUGAUCCCGAGGGGCGAGAGGCCCGGAAACCCAGUCUGCCAGGACGCGAGGCUCAAGCGAAUCGUCAACCGGUUUCAUCCUCAUCUCGUCAAGCUUGCGGGCCGCCAUUACACCGUCAGCAAGACCAUUUUCCUGGGCCAGCUGCCCAGCAUCGAGUUCUACGCGAUCGACGCCCUCAUUUAUCCAAAAUCCGGUCCUUUUCCGAGCCAGGUUUUCAGCUUGGAAAAACGGCACCGAAACCUCAGCACCGCCGUUCUUGUUCAUCUACCCGAACAUUUUUGCCGGAACAGUCCGCAGCUUAUGGGACCUCAAGUCACGAGGAAAAGGCACUUCCGGAAACUUGGUCUCCGCGUUAUGUCACUCGAUUUUCACACUCUCGAGAAAAUUGUUAACGAUCCACUCGCUGUCGCUCGAUACCUCGAGGAAAGAUUGCUUGCCGCUGAAGAGGGAAUGUAGAAACCUGGUACUGCGUCAAUUUGCUUGUAACUGAUAUCCUGAGCUUAAUUCAGUCGACGCAAGUGUUUUGAUAGUUUCUCUCUGAAGAUUUCCAUCAACAGCUCCAACGCUGUUGCACGUCGCUAGUCCGAAUAAGUACGAAAAAAUUGUUCAACCUUCAGAAAACUCGGUUCCGGUGUUCUGUUU